UAAGUGCUCGUGCUGGCAGUCAGCAGCCGAUGCGUUGCUAGUGUUGUGUUAUUGUAGAUUAGUUGUUGAUGGUUGAGAAGUGUGUAUUAUUUGUGUGAAAUAUGAAUGAACGUGCAUUAUUAGUUUGGCAAGUACUUAUUGCUGUUUGUAGCACUUGAAUUUAGACGAUGUCUCUACAGUUGGCCACGAAGGAAUCGGGACACUAUACCGAGGAACAGAUACGCUCCGCUUACAAUGAACUGCAGAAAGAGGAAGAAAAAAUUAAUGAUCAGUUGGGAACACUUCUAGCCAGGCAAUGCCACCUUGAAGCAAAAUUGAGAGGAAUUUCAAAAGCACUGCCAAACCUUCAGAUAGUUCAUUCUGAUGCUAAGCAGUUAGUGGAGAUGAUAAGCUUUACUUCAACACUUGCAGAGAAUGUGAGUGCCAAAGUCCGCCAGUUGGACUUAGCAAGGAGCCGGGCAUCAGAGUGCCAGCAAAGGGUGCAUGAUUUAUUGGACCUGCAAUUAUGUAGCAAUGGUGUGCAAGCAGCUCUUCACAAUGAAGACUAUGAAAAGGCUGCAGCUCAUAUACACAGAUUUCUUUCCAUGGAUGAAACUUUGGUGCAGCAAACAGCUGAUGAUGUUGCUGAAGAUUGCACUAAUGUCACAAAUUCUUUCAAAUUACUGCAAGAAGCAGCCUCUAAAUUGAGAGUAAUUGUAACCCAAAAAUUUGAUGAAUCAGUAAGAUCAGAAGAUUUAGCAUCUGUUGAAAGAUUUUUCAAGAUAUUUCCAUUACUGGGAAUGCAUGAAGAGGGAUUAGGGAAAUUUUCACUUUACUUGUGUUCAAAGUUGCAGGAGACAGCACAGAAGAAUUUAAGAGCAGCUCUUGAAACGGCAGUAUCUGACAAGAGAGCUAAUGUUAUAUAUGCAGACACUUUGACUCUUUUAUUUGAAGGUAUAGCGCGUGUUAUUGAAAUUCACCAACCUUUGGUGGAAACAUAUUAUGGUCCAGGAAAACUUCUCACUGUGGUGACAUACCUGCAGCGUGAAUGUGACAGGCAAACUAAACAUGUGAUAACUGAGUUCAGCAGAUCUCGUCAUUUAGAGAGGAAAAUACAGCAAGUAAAUGACCUCAUGAGGAGUAGCAUUGGUGGCACCAGCAGCAAUAUAUACAGUAAAUCACCAGAGAAAUUAGAUCCGAAAGAUUUGGAUCUCUUAUUGGGAGAACUGACCAUCAUGCAUUCAAGAGCAGAACUUUAUGUUCGUUUCAUAAGACGGAGAGUUCUUAAUGAUUUGGAGGUUGGGCUCCAAAAACCAGAGUCUCGUGUUGCAAUGGUUGGAGAACUUGAAGCAAUGCUGAAAGGAAGUGAACUUUCACACCGCAUGCAAGAGCUGCUUGGCAACUACUUGCUGUUAGAAAGAUAUUUUAUGGAGGAAAGUGUUAAGAAAGCAGUUGCUAUGGACAUUGUAGAGGAUGGUUCAAUAACAUCCAGUAUGGUGGAUGAUGUUUUCUUCAUAGUAAGAAAAUGCAUAAGGCGAGCCAGUUCCAGCUCGAGCAUAGAUGGUGUAUGUGCAGUUAUAAAUAAUGCAUGUGGACUGCUGGAAAUGGACUACUGUUCUGUACUAAGACAGCAGCUACGGCAAGGCUACCCUUCAGGCUACCUAGAUCUUACACAGGCAUAUAAUGUUUUGCACACAAGCAUACAGCAUGGCCGACUUCAAGCUUCUGACUCAGAACAAGCAAGAGUUCUGUUCCUGGCUUACCUGAAUAAUGCAGAUGUCAGUACAGAGUACAUCGAUACCUUGCGUCAGAGUUUGACUGAAGAGAUCCCGGGAAUGUUAAAUAUGACUGAAAAUGAAUUUGCGAAACUUGAGAGCUGUCUUUCUGGACUGUCUUCAGUCAAUGGAAGUCUGAGAUCAGUAAUAGAAUAUGGAAUGCAACAGCUAAAGGCGAGUGCUAUAAAACCUCGCAUAAAUCCUUGGAUUGACUCAUUUCUCUCCGUCAGUCACCAGCUGUCUGAGGAAGAAUUUUCUACCUAUGAUGCUAAUGAGCCUUUCAUCCAAAACUUAAUAAUGAAUUUAGAUGGCUUCUUAAAGUCUUUUAAAUCCAGCCUUACCCAAAAUAAUUACGAUGUUCUCGUAAGCAUUCUAACAACUGAAGUGACUUCUCACCUAGAAAAAGUUGUGCUGAAAUCAACAUUCAACAGGUUGGGAGGUCUGGUGUUUGACAAAGAAGUUCGCACGCUUGUUAGCUACCUUACAAGUACUACAUCUUGGUCUAUCCGAGACAGGUUUGCACGUCUUACCCAAAUAGCAACAGUGUUAAAUCUUGAGCGAGUUUCAGAAAUCUUGGAUUAUUGGGGGAGUAAUUCAGGUCCUCUGACCUGGAGAUUGACUCCUACAGAAGUUCGGCAGAUACUAAGUCUCAGUAUAUGCCAGGAGAACAUGCGUCACCUCUAAGGGAAGGAGAUGCUCUGCAGCUUCAAACAGAUGCAGAAAUAAUGGACCAGGAAAGCAAAAUUGCUCAACACAUUAGCUUACCAUCAACUAUAUUAAGAUGAGAACAUCCUACCACAGUGUGUGGAAGUACAACACCCAGUGAAAUCAAAGAAAACUGAUUGGAUUUUACAACAAGCAGGCAUGGCCAUGCCGAGGGAAGUGCAUUCACUUUGUUCUAAAAGAUCUGGAUAGGAAUGCACAUCCCUAUUCGCAUGCCACCCACAUAUGGUAAAAGCACUAUCAGCACACACCUGGGAGUGGGCAGACUGCAGCUCUUACACUGACAGUGGGGCAAAAAAACGAAAUGUUCAUCAAAUUUGACCAACUGUCAGGAGCUCAAACAACAAACAAUGAGGUUAAUAAUACCAGAGCUAUUGUAAAUUUGACAGAUACAGUUUUGGAUUCAACUACAAUUUCAGCCCUUGAGAAAAAGCUGAACUUUGCACCAGUCGCAAGGCCCACAUAGAAAUCAUACAUUAUUAGCAGCAUGGAGGAAGCCAUCUGAGGCUUACAGAAGGAAUGAGCACAGGAGAUCUAUCAGGAAAUCUGCAGGGUCAUCAGUAAGUCUUAACUUCUGAAAACGAACAUGACUGCAGCAGGCUAUCUGAUCACUGAGAGAUGAUACUGACACUACAGUUCUUCCAGCAACAAAGAGAAUGCAAUUUUGAUGAUGUGCACUGAUGAUUACCAUCAUAAAAUUGUCUCGUUGCUACAGGACACAGCCUACAGUAAGAUCAAGGUGGCUCCAACCCCAACAAUAAGCAGGCAAACAGUGGCUCUGUUGAAUAACUCGGAUAUACCAGAAGCACUGAAGAAGCAGCUUUAUCUGCGACACCAAGCCUUUAUGGACUGCUAAAAAUCCACAAGGAAAGGUGCCUAUGUGUCCAGUACUAAGUAACAUCAAUUCACACAAUUAUUGGCUGGUCAGAUAUCUGGUGAUGCUUCUAAAAUGCCUUAUGGAACACUGUAGUCGUCAUGUUAGGAACUCAGUCAAUUUCAGUAUACUAAUGAAUCAUCUCGGGCUUUCUUGGCAAAGCCGAUAAUUUGUAGACAUUGUAAGUUGCAGUUGUGAUAAUUUUUUGACUUCCAUCAAAUUAGUACAGCUUUCUGAGAUGUCUUUUUCAGAUGGGUUAAGCACUGAUCUCAGUUACUAUCUAAGGUCUGAUCUCAGUUACUAUCUAACACCAAUCACACUUUGGUUGGAGUGCAUGCAGUGAGUAACUGAGAUCUUUGCUCAAAGCAUCUGAAAGAAACAGCUAAGAAAGCCAUCAAAGUGUAGUAGAAAAUUAUAUGAACUCAUCAGCAACCUUGAAAAUCUAGAGGUUCUUCCAUUAUUCAUUAACGAAUUGUGCAUUCCAUGUGAUGGAAUGUGAACAUUUAUAUUCAUUACUUUCAAUUAAUGUGCCAUUGCUUUCCCAUGUGCAAAUC